UAUAAUUGUUUUUUUAUUUGCUCUUCUUAGUCACAAAAUAUAAGAAGGCGACGUCAAAGAAUCUGUUAUUCUCAAGAAUUGCUUAAGAAUGAAUGCAUCAACUUCUGAAUACAGCGGUGGAUGCGAGUCUGGCUGGACCAUGUAUUUUGAUCAACUUUCAACCUCUGCUGAUCAAUGCAACAGAAGCAUGCCACUUGGCUUUGAUUGCAGAAGCAAAGGAGUGUAUGUCAAUGAGGAUGAUGAAGACGAGAAUUCAUCCAUGCUGUCUGAUGCAUCAUCUGGCCCUCCACAUUUCCAUCAGGAUGAAGACAGUUCUGAAGAAACCAGAUACAAUUCCACUAUUUCGGCCUCAGAGGUAAACAAGGGCAAGCACAAAAAGAAAGCGAAAGAGCACAGGAAGACCCAACAGAAAUUCCAUCUUGACGAUACUGCUAGCUCCCCUGCCCAGAGCUUCUCCAAGAACAAUGCCCUUCUUACAGAUGAUAAAUAUCUAAUCGAGCACGGUUCAGGCAUCUCUCGAGGCUUUUCUGCAACACAAUCCAAGGAAAAGUCUGUACUGAGGAAGCAUUUUGGAUUUCUGAAGCCUUCGCAUGACAGGAAAAGCUGAUUGAGAGAGAUCAGGAGGAGGUUUAAUUGGGGAAAAGAAUAUCAAUAAGAAGUUGCAGACCAUGUUCUCUCUUUAUGCAGCAGCAGUUAGGUAGACAGCAUUCGCACUUGUCAAAAGGAAAAGAUACAAUAUAUCUGAAGGAAAUUGUUUUUCCCAUUGUUUAUUACUGUUUCUUUAUGUAUGUUUCUGGCUGUCUAUGCAGUGCAGAACAAC